UGUAGUCAUCAGUCGCGAGACAGGGCAAAUCCAAAAAUUCUCUGUACCAGCAGUGAAAUAGACAGUUGAUUCUGUGACAGCCCCUCUUGUGUGCUGUUUCAGUCACGAAGCCAGGCGGUGAUGUUAAGGGGCGGGGUGGAGUGGAGGGAAUGGUGUGUGAAGGCGAGUGAGAGACAGGUCCGUUCUCACUGAGGCACGGCAGAGUCAGUGGCAAGGAGCCGAGAUGCAGUAGGAAUGGAAAGACGAUCUGCCGUCCCUUGCUGCCGGCACUUUCAACACAUCAGGUGCACACACUGGAGCGUGCCCGAGGACCUCUAACCAGCUCUAGGGAAAAAUAAAACAGAUCGCCUUCAAAUGAAUAAGGAAUCGGUUUAAGUCUUGACUGUAGCUUCGCGAUUGGUAUGGCUGCGAUGUGUUCCUUCAGGAUGCUGUUGUUAAGCUGUAUGGUUUGCAUUUUUCUGCUUGGAAUAAUACAUUUGGAAUACUCAUUCGAUUACAGGUAUAUGGGUCAGCUGUCUAAACUGAAGCUGAACAAUAUGCUCGGUCCGACUUUACAAGUCAAUGACAGUGAAGAGGAGAGGCAAAAUGACAGUGACAGAGGCGACAGAGGGUGUGGAACGUGUAUUUCCAGUCAGCAGCUGAACAUCUGGUCCCCACUGGAAUGGAAUUCUACAGACUGUGAAAAAAUCUACAAGUGGAUGGCAUCAUCUCCCAUUCAACGACAGAUGGAAAGUGAUAUUAUGAAAAGGGCAGCACAGCUUCAGCACUGUCCAUGGCAACAGCAGGGAGCAGCAGCCAAGGAAUUCAGACGGGAGCUGAAGAGGUGCUGUCAUGCUGCAUACAACUGCCUGGUCACACAGAAGAACACGCCAGUUGGGACAGAGUUAACCUACGAGGCGGAACCCAAGAAAAAGAUAAAAAUCCAUCACCAGAUCUUCGCUAUUUUUCCUAAGGAUUCGUCUCUCAGAAGUCGACAGUACAAGCGGUGUGCAGUUAUUGGAAACAGUGGGAUAUUGACCAAUAGCAGCUGUGGGGCUGAAAUUGACAUGGCUGAAUUUGUGUUUCGGUGUAACCUCCCUCCCAUGGGUGGAGCUUUUGCCCAAGACAUCGGAACAAAAACUAACUUGGUGACAGCAAAUCCAAGCAUCAUUGCAGAGAGGUAUGGAGAACUCCAAGAUAGGAGGAAGCCAUUUUUCACCAACUUGACCAUCUACAAUGAUGCUCUUCUUCUCUUGCCUGCCUUCUCCUACACCAAGAACACAAUUCUUUCCUUCAGGGCUCUUUAUACUCUACAAGACUUUCAGGCCAAGCAAGAGGUUGUCUUCUUCAAUCCCGUGUACCUAAAACAUCUGAGUGAAUUCUGGCAUUCUAAGGGCAUACGGGCCAAUCGUCUCUCCACUGGCAUAAUGGUCGCGAGUGUUGCAAUAGAACUUUGCGAAGAAGUGUGGAUUUAUGGGUUUUGGCCCUUUAAGGAAAAUGUAGAUGGACAGCCUAUCUCACAUCACUACUUCGACAAUCAGCUUCCCAAGCCAGACAUUCAUGCCAUGCCAUUAGAGUAUCAGCAGCUCUUGCAGAUGCACAGUAAAGGAAUCAUCAAGCUUCAAAUAGGCGAGUGCCAGGUAGAUCCAUAGGAAAGAGACAGCAUUUAACUUCAAGUCAGUAGAACAUUAGACUGCUGGUCAUAAAGCUGGGCUUAAAUGAGCAAUGGCUCAGUUAGCUUGACUUCCAUUAGGUAGAGCCUUCAGGAUCUGGGUUGCCGGUGGCUUGCAUUUGAUUGGUUGAGUGGUGUUGAUCUUUUCCAAUUGGAGAAAGUCUUGAUGAUUGGGCAUUUUGGCUGUUCAUUACAUUGUGACUAGAAAUUAUCAUGAGGUCACUGACAACUAACCAAUCAAAACAUAGGAUUAUUGUUGUGAGGCAACUUUCAAAGGAAAUGAGGGUGCUCCAAUGAACAUCUCAGGGCUUGUAGGCGAUAGGGAGAUCCCAAGGUAGGAGAACACAAAGAACCAGCCGCAUUACUAUGUUUUUCCUUUGCCUUCUCUGAAUCUUGAGACCCUCUUACCCACCAUCAGUGAUACUUACCUGUUCCAUCUUCACUUCUAAAAGCUUCAGACUGGUAAAGAACAGAAGUCUUGCAUUUUUUGGUAACUUCUUUCAUGUCCCAAAACAUUUUACAGCAAUAAACUAUUUUUGGAGAGUUGCAACAUAGAAAACUUAGCAUCCAAGCUUUACAUAGUAAGCUCCCACAAACAGCAAAGUGAUAAUCACCAAUUGUAGACAUAAAUAUUGGCUAGGACAUCAGGAAUAGCACCCCUACUGUUCUUCAGAAUACAGGCCAUCCCCACUAAACAAGCAGGUUCCAUUUUUACAGACGGCCAUGUGUUGAUUCUGUCCUUAAGUUGGAACACACACAAAAAUUGCUUGAUGCGUUAAGCACACCUCUACAUUAUUGUAAUGAAUGGCAUCAAAAGCACUUAAGACUGAUUUGAAGGAACAAUUAGUAAAAGUAGAGAGAAAAAGGAAACUAGUUUUACCAUUCGUAAGAAUGAACGUUAUGUACGUAGGUCGGACUUUUGAAGUUAAUUAGUUUAUUUGAGCUUGUUUGUCUGCACAGGUGUCUAAAAUUCAGGUGCUCGUAACCUGUGGAGGCCUGUAGUGGCAUGUUGCCUGACUCUCUCUUGAUGACAACAAUUCCAGCCAAAUAAUCACACUCAACAGAGUUCUGUUUCCAAUUAUUUUAUUAACCCUUGCAUUCACUGAUUACUUAACAUGCAAUCGUACAUGUACUCUUUAUUGCUAAGAUGAGAUGUUACCUGACCAGGUUCACGACGAGGAGUUCUGCUGACUCCCAGACCUGGGGGUUUACAUCUUUGUGAUGGUCGGUCUCUGGAGUGGGUGCUUGCAUUGUCUGCAGCGACCCUUUUAUAUGAUUUUGUUCUGAUCUUCUAAAGGCUUUUUUGCUGUCUUUGUCCAGUCCUGUUGUCGCACAUUCCAUUUAUGGAUGUUUUUUUUAAUUUUUACUUUCUUCACAUCUGUUCCCUUCUAACAGCCUUUAAUUGCUUGUCCUCUGCUAUGAUUUGAAGGUUCAUUAGUGAUAGCCUCACUCCCUCAUCCAUCUUCUCGACUCUGAGCCAGAACUUCUCUUCAACCUUGGUAGAAAGAGCUCUGUGUGCUGAGCCUGAUGGGAUACUUGACAUCUUGUCUCUGGCUACAGACACAGAAAUUUUACUGUCUACCUGAGAGAGCUAACAAGUUUAAAGUCUCAGUACUACAUACCAGUGUCAUCUUAGAUUCUUGUUCCUGGAUUAAGUCCCUGGAAUGGACCUUGAACCCACAAAUUUUCCAUUGCCAAGAGUGUUACCAACUGAGCCACACCUGAAACAAGAUUUGAAACCUCAUGUUCUGAACUAGAAGCUAAAAUUUGAGGAAAACUCAGUGGAAGGUUGAAAAAUCCUUUCUCCUGGUUAAAUUAGCUAUCCCCCUGUGAUUGGAAUCCCUCCCCAAACUGCAGAUGAUUCAAUGGGCAGGAAAGCAAGUAGCUAUUUGGACAACUACUUAAAUCUUACACUGGUGACCCCAGUUGGCAGGUGCUGUCCACCACCCUUCCUCUUGGAGUGGACAGGAAUUGGGCUGGUGGCAUUUAAAGGAAACCUGCUGGUUAAUAUCUCUAUGACUUCCUAAAGGGCAAAUGGAGAAGGUACCAGACCUGUUUCCCACUAGGAGCGCAUGCUCGUGCUAAAUACUGUAUGUAACCCACAACCCUCUGAACUUGUAACCCACAACCUUCUGUCUAUGGAAAAUGCCGUGCCCUGCCUGUCUGACCAGAAGGUUGAGACAACUUCUCUGUCCAGAGAAGUCUGUCCACAACUUCUCUGACCAGAGGUCGAGAUCCAUGGUAUUGCUUAAAGCCUCAUCACACAAAUGCAGAAGGGAUCAUCCUGAACAAAGUUAACAGAAUUAACAAAAAUAAAGAUGUGAUGGUCUUGGAGGAAAAUUCACGACAAUGAAACCUGGGCUAAAAUGAUUAAAUUAUGAGAGAGGUUGUGUAGGCUAUGCUUCCAUGUCAUAGAUUAAGGGAUGAUCUAAUUCUGUUUAAAUUGAGCAUAGGAUUUGAAAGGGUAGGUAGGGAGAAAAUAUUUCCUCUGUUUGGGGUAGAGAAACAUACAAAUGUACAAAUUAGGAGCAGGAGUAGGCCAUUCAGCCCCUCGAACCCUACUCCACCAUUUAUUAAGAUUGCCACAGAUCUAAUUGUGACCGCAACACACAUUCCUGUCCACACACAGUAACCUUUCACCCCCUUGAUAUCAAUCUCAGCCUGAGAAUAUUCAAUGUCCUUGCUUCCACAGCCUUUUGAGGAAUAGAAUGCCAAUGACUUCUGAACAACCAUGAGAAGAUUCUAAUAUUAGCUGGUAGGCAUUCAAGGUGAGAGGGAGUAGGUUCAAAGGAGAUGUGCGGGGCAAGUUUUUUUAACACAGUGAGUGGUGGGUGCCUGGACUGUGCUGCCAGGGGUGCUGGUGGAGGCAGAUACGAUAGAGGUGUUUAAGAGGCUCUUAGGCAUAUGAAUGUGCAGAGAAUGGAGGGAUACGGACAUUGUGUAGGCAGAAGGGAUUAGUUAGACGUUUAUUUACUAGCUUAAUUAGUCAGCACAACAUCGUGGGCCGCAGGGCCUGUUCCUUGGUUCUGAAACAUUUUGUUUCACCUCUGUCUUAAAUGGGUGCCCCCUUAUUUUUAAACAAUAAGACAAGAUUUCUUUAUUAGUCACAUGUACAUCGAAACACACAGUGAAAUGCAGCUUUUGCGUAGAGUAUUCUGGGGGCAGCCCGCAAGCGUCGUCACGCUUCCGGCACCAACAUAGCAUGCCCACAACUUCCUAACCUGUACGUCUUUGGAAUGUGGGAGGAAACCGGAGCACCCGGAGGAAACCCACACAGACACAGGGAGAACGUACAAACUCCUUACAGACAGUGGCCGGAAUUGAACCUGGGUCCCUGGUGCUGUAAUAGUGUUACGCUAACCGCUACACCACCGUGUCCGGUAAACCCUCUGGUUCUAGAUUCUCCCACAGGAGGAAACAUUCUCUCCACAUCUAUCCUGUUGAGACCCCUCAGGAUUUUGAAUGUUUCUGUCAAGUCACCUCUCCCUCUUCAGCACUCCAGUAGGUACAAGCCAAGACUGUCCAACCUUUCCUCAAAGGACAACUCACCCUUCCCAGGUGUUAGUAAAGUUUCUCUAAACUGCUUCCAGUCUAGUCACAUCCUUCAAUAAACAACAAGACUAAACCUGUACUCAGUACAUGAGGUGUGGCCUCAUCAAUGUUUUGAAGCAUAACCUCCCUAACUGUGUAUUGAAUUCUACUGUCAAUAAACAAUAAUAUUCUCUUA